GGGCAGGUGCUCGCCGCAGGUACACGCCCCCUUCGAAGACGCAAGACGAUAGCCGGAGCUCCAAAGAGAGGACUUUCAUUGAUUUCUACAUUUAUUUUUUAUAAUUUUACUUCUUUCACGUUAUACGGUUUGAAUGUUGUAUGGCCUUUGCAAAGCUGCCGCUCGACAUUGAAACAAUAAUUUUACUCUUUUUUCCUUGUAUUUUUUCACUUUGGUUCUUUCUUAUCCGAAACGAUCGUCAGAAGAACCAAAACCUUUUCUUUCAAAUACCAGAUUAUUUUCCCGACAUUUCCUGUCUUGUAAACACGGCCUCUGGACCCUUCAUUCGGACAUACAUACCCAUUCUGACAUUUCCUCUCAUUGUCAUAUAUGAUCCUCUCCCGGAGAAGAAUGCACAGUCAUAGUCUUAAUUAAGCGGAAGACUACAAGAUCCUUCUCUCACGAUGAUCAAAUAUUGAUUUUUGGGAGAUUGCAGGCUUCCCCGGGAGAGGAAGGGGCUGUUACGCAAGAUUAGGUAUGGUGGAAAUACUGGCGGAAUAUUACUGGGGAUUCCUGAGGGUUUCGAGAUGGGUUUCUCCUACGCCUUAUAUGUUCAUUUGAUGGCAACACAAGUUCACAUUGAUAUGUACACUUACAAACGAACACACUUACAUGCAUACCUAACACACACACACACACACACACACACACACACACACACACACACACACACACACACACACACACACACACACACACGUGUCUUCGUGUACACAAACACACGAUUGCACACACGUUGCCUAUUUGGUCGAUGAAGCCGUGACCUUCACUUCCCAAGACAUACCGCUCGCUAAGUCCUUUAAGCCUAUUUUGAUAAGAGAGCUUGGACAUCAUGCGAUGCGACUGGCUUGUAAUGAUGAAUCUUAAUAAGCUUGGCAAAGGAACAAUUUAAAGUGGAUUUGGAACGAGCCCCUGUGUUUAUCUAGACUGAAAAAGCUAACGGGUCACUAGGUCACCUUCCAGGUCCAUCUCCGUGUCUGACGUCUUUCGCAUUUCAAGGUCGAACCCAUUCUCACCGGCAACACCCAUGACUAAGUGAACGAGUGGCCGACACCGGUGAACCCCCAUGAACCAGCAACUCAGUGUCCAGUGGUAGCUCAGGUUUUUGCCCAAGUUAUUUAUGAGAUAGUCCAACGACAACCCCUAUAAAAAAGGAGGAGACGGAGAGAGGCGAGAAGAAGGAAAGAGGAGCAAGGAGAAAAGGAUAGAGAAAAAGUGGGAGUCUGAGAGAAAACGUGGAUUUGGAAAACGUAGAAAACUAAGAAGCAGAGGAGAGAGAAAGCUUUGUAUACACAGACAAGCGACAACUAAAACCGCCAACAUGAACCCAGCCAAUAUGCAGCCAACCUUUAUGGGCUUCUAUAACAGCAUGGCCAACUGCUUCAGGAAGUAUACAGCGCCCCUGGGCACUCGCAAGCCCAACGGCACGGAGAGCAGCGAGGGGGCCCCGAGUGAGGCGGAGCAGGACCCCCUGGCCCAGAGUGCAACGCUGGAGGAGGAAGCCCAAAACCUCGGGAACCAAGUGACUGAGGAACCUGAGGAACCCGAACUCCCCGCGGAGCCCGAGCUUCCUCCAGACGUGCUUCACAAACACGACGAGAACAUUGUGUUUAAGAUCCUCACACAGGAGUACGCGGACAGAGCGGUCGACCUCCUGUGCAACCACUUCUUCAAGGACGAGCCCCUAGGGAAGGCCCUCUACCUUGACAGUCCCAGAGAGGUGGAUCACUGGCUCUCCAAAAUCCUGCCACACUUGAUCUCCCACGGCGUAUCAGUGAUGGCGAUAGACGAGUCUGCCGACGGGCGCCUUGUGGGCGUGGCCAUCAACAGCAUCAAGAAGCGUGGUGACCCCCCGGGACCCGACGACUUUCUUAACUGGAUUGACCCUCAGAAGGAUCCUAAGAUGUACAGGAUCAUGUCCUUUUUACAACAGCUGGCUAGUGAUAUAGAUUUCUUCGGACAAUAUGGCGUCGAAAGGUUUAUGAGUUUCGAGCUCCUGAACGUGGACAAAUCCUACGGCGGUCGCGGGAUCGCCUCCAUGCUGGUAGAACAGUCGUGCAAGGUCGCUCGGGAUCAAGGUUUCACUUGCCUCGUGGUGGAGACGACAGGCAUCUUCUCGGCUAAAAUCUUUUCCCGCCACAACUUCAAGACCAUCCGGGAGGUCCAGUAUUCGUCAUACCGCCAGAACGGACUCAUCUGCUUCCCCAACACCGGCAUCCAUACCUCCGCCCGCGUCUCCGUCAGGCUUCAAGAACCCGCGAAAACCAACUCUUAGAUCCCCGAGUGUCCCACCUUAGGCCCACGUGACGCGACGAGCCCGCCGCCCUUCUGCCGCGAGACCAAUUCCAAAAUCCAUUAGCAAUAACAAUAGUGUAGAGGACGACGUACAAUAAGGAUAACGUUCAUUGCAGAAGCGAACCCCAAAACUGAGCCUUAUAUAAUUUCUUAAGGCCUGCUCCAAGACGCUCUGUGAAGCAAUGGCCGGGUAAAAGAUGGGUUGCAUGUAUUUAAAUCGUGGCUCCAAAAAGUGGACUUCAUCAAUCAGGAUUGUCUAUUCCGGUGAAUCUAAAGGUCUCUUGCGGUCCUCUCGUCGCAGUGGAAAAUAAAUAUGUAGUAUAUAAGUAAUAUCACACCAAUAAUAUAAUGUUUUAGGGUAAACUAGAAAAUAAUUAAUCACCUCUGAACAUAAGUAUGAGGAAAUAUAUAUAUACAUAUAAAAAAAUGUUCCAUGUAUCACAACACUGUAUGGGGUAAAGACUGAAAAGGCCUUUAUGUUCUUCUGCACCUCUGACGAGCCCCACCUCGCUCGUCUCUUGUUCUUCCAUCAGUGCUAUCUGCCCUUUACUCUCCCGUGGGCGUACUACUCCUGUGUGUCAACUUGUCCGGAUCAUGUUUACAUAUCUACUACUAUUGUGACUAGUUCUCGUGUGUCUUCACGUUUGUCAAUUUCAUCUGUACUCGUCAUUGGCAUCCUUCCCGUGUUCUUACGCCUCCUUUGUCUCCUUUUUCUCUCUGGACUGUUGAUCCUUAGUCAAACUAUUCAGGUGUACCCAGGUGGCAAACUGUUUUUCUUGUUCUACUGAUGUGGGUGAGAAUCCAUUCAAAUUGACCCGAAUAUGGAAUUAAAUAAAGUUAGUUAAAUUCGAA